ACGGUAGCGUCCUAGGGGCGGUACUGGAUUUUGCAGAGGCGUCGCAGAGAUUUCGAAGUCGCGCGCCACGAGGGCGGCAGAACAGAACACCAGGCAACGGCCAACACAGGCCUUGACGAGGCUCCAAGUUCGUCAGGAAAGUAAUAGUCUACAGUUAAUGGAUGUACAUAGUGAGUAGAUAGUGGUUCCCUGCAUAUCGCCUUAAGGCGAGGGGCCAGCGUAUGAAUCAUCAUCAUCAUCAUCACUGUAGCGCGCCAUCUCCAUCUAACGUGGCCGGAGAGGGCUCGGAAAUAUUCAAUCGAGCGCAAACCCAGAACGAAAGAAUCUCUGCGGACCAAAUACCGGCUUCUGGAGAAAGACAUAAGACGACACCGCCGCCCGAUUUGCAAGACGCCAUCGCGGCUCGGACGUCAAAUCCCCAGGAGACUGGGCCGUGGCCAGCACAGGACUCGGCCCAGUCCCAUCUCGAUCAGCACCCCCACUCCUUCCGAGCAUCGUUCAGACGAUCCAAGCCCUCUAGCGAUGCGGGUGAUGAGGCCACCGGCCCCUACACGCGUCGCCCGUCCGCAGAGCCACAGUCGACUCAGGGUCCGAAAUUGACCGUCCAGUCCCCAGCUAAAUGUGCGCACCGUCGCGGGUUUGAGGCGCAUUGGGUUCGUAAAGGUCCGCGGGAUCACUCCGGUAAGAGUAUGCCCCAUGCGGCGGUCGAAGCAGUCUGAUGUAAUGACAACCUUUUUGUUACAGGGUAUGAGAAAGAACAUGGAGUUCCGUCUCGGUCGUUAGUUGCACCUUCCAAGAUCGAUUUGCUGUGGCAGUUAAUGUACCAUAUCUCCGGUCGCAUGAGGCAGUUGA